AGGAGGGACUUCCUAUAGCGCUGCAGUUGGAUGGCAGGGAGCCGCUCGGCUGACACGUAACUGAAGUUAAAGGUGCUAUGAAGGCCUCGUCGUGGACCCAACUUUUAACUUCUCUGUAAGCUUGCCCGAGUCACGUCAGAAACUCUGCAAGAGAGGAAGAGAGACCCACGCAGGACUCGCCCGUCUUAUUUAUUUUGUUGCUUUUAGAGCUAAAAAGAAGGCAGAGCCAGAGUUUGGCUGUAAGUCAGGCGAAAAUCUGAGCGGCUACUUUGAAGUUGCAGAGGGGGGAGAGGGUCGAGAUUUGGAUGCAGCUCUGCUAAAAAAGAUAAUAAUGUGCCCGAAAGCGAGUAUUAGCACGUAGCUUGUGUUUUCUGCGUGGAAAUGCUCUGGGUGUGAGGGGAGGGGGAGGUUUCCUCAGUUUCCUCAGUUCUCACCGGGAGGGGGGAAAAGUUGAGUCGGAACUUUCCAGCGGCAGAGACGGGGCUUUCGCGCAUAGAAGGCGGGGAGGGGUGCGGGUCCAACAUGGGAAACGGGGUGUGCUCCCGGAGGCAGCGGAGGAUCUUCCAAUGUCUCCUUCUGGUCACCGUGGUCUGCGGGGUGAUGUACGGGGGCAUGAUGUCGUACGAGAUGCACAAACAGCUCAAGAGGACGGAGGCGAUGGCACUGAAGUAUCAGCAACACCAAGAGUCGCUGUCGGCACAGCUCCAAGUGGUGUAUGAGCAUCGCUCCAGGUUGGAGAAGAGUCUUCAGAAGGAGAGGUUGGAGCACAAAAAGGCCAAAGACGAUUAUCUGGUUUAUAAGAUCGAAGCGCAGCAAUCAUUGAACAGAGAGAAGCAAGAAUCAAACGGCAAAUACAACUCCUUACAAGUCCAACAUCAGAUGUUAAAGAAUCAGCACGAGGACCUGAAGAGGCAGUAUUAUGAUCUGCAUGAGCAGCACCAAGUCCAGGGCAAGGAUCACAGCCGGCUGCUGGGUGAACACAAGGAGCGCUACGAUAAACUUCAGGAGGCCAAAGAGAUAGAAGUCUCCCAGCUCAAAGAGAGUGUUGUUAACCUAAGAGAGGAAAAUAAACAACUGAGGAAAGCCCAUCACGACAUUCACGUGCAGCUACAGGACGCCCAGAUCCACCAUCAGGACCUGAAGGCAGCCCACGAUCACCUCGCACUGACGCUGGAAGACCACAAGAGUGCGCUGGCUGCAGCUCAGGCACAGGUGAAUGAAUACAAACAGCUCAAGGAGACCCUGCAAAAGGCGCCCAGCAUGGCACAACAUGCACAAGCCAACGCACAUGAAGAUCAGCAGGCUCACUGGAACACUGAUUCAAGGGCCAAUGAAGCGCACGCCCACUCUGAGGUCCAGUCCCACUCCACUGUAACCCAGCACGCCCUGUCUGAGAAAGACGAGGACAGAGAGGGAGAGGCAGAGAGGAGGAGGGAGCUGGCAGAGGAGGAGAUGGCCCAAGCUGGACAGCCUCAGAAGCUGGAGGAGGACCCAGACCAGCUACAGGAUGAGCAGCAGGAGGAAGAGCAGGAGCCAGAACAUGAAGAAGAGGAUGAGAACGCAUUGGACCGACAGAAACGCCAGCCACAGAUGGAUCCUCCUGUGAAUCUGCAUCCGGAGGACCGGCUGCAGCACAAGGUGCCCCCCCAGGUUCAGCAUCUAAAGUCAGCCUAUGAGCAGCAGCAGGAGCAGCAGCGGCUGCAGGCUCAGAGGGCAGAGGAGGGCAGGCAGAUCCAGAGGCGGCAGGAGGCCCUCCAGGCCGAGAGGGAGAGGGUGCUGAAGGACAGGGAGCAGAGGCUGAAGGUGGAGCAGGAACGUGAGCAGCAGCAGCACAGGGAGGCCGACAGACGGGAGCAGAUCCUGAGAGAAGAACACGAGAGGAAGAGGACUGAAUACGAGAAUGUGGACAAUGAUAUUCGAGAAGACGACGGUCACGCUGAGGUUGAUGAAGAGAGAGACGUUCAUAUGUUGCACGAGCAGGAGGCGGAGGAGAAUCGAGAGACGGAUCACAGAGUGCCGCCACAUCAGCAGGGUGACAUAGACGGUGACUUGAACCCUGAGGACGACCCCAACAACCAGGGAGAGGAUGAGUUUGACGAGGCCGAGGACGCCCGGCUGCCGCACCGCGCUGCCGAAGCAGAUGAAAAUGCGGCUGAAGAGGAAGAGGAGCCUGCAGCGCCGGCCCAGCACAUUCAAAUGCAUCAAAACCUCAAACCGACUGUGGAGGAGGAACUGGUGAUAGCUGGAAAUCCAGACCAGCAAGAGGACACACUGGAUGACCAGUACCAGGAGGAAGCGGAAGAUGAGGAUAAAGGCAAAAACCAUGAAGGGCCAAGAAUGGACGGGGAUCACAGAAAUGAUGCCAAGAAUAACGAGGACGUGAAUUACGAGGAGGAAGAAGAGGAGGGGGAGGAGGAUGCAGACAAGGGAAACGAUCAAAGGGCAGAAAUGUAGAAGUGCCUUUUUGUUUUGUUUUUAAAGCUUGCCUAUAGUACCAAUCAGGGCAUUCUUUCCCUUGAAUUCCAAAGGAAUAGCACCAGCCAUCCAGUGAGAGAAAACUGGGAUAUUAUGCUCAGAAGAUGGGGGACAAUAUUUCAAACACUUCUGAGAUUUGAAAGGAUCAGCUGACACUGUGGAAAUGGACAAAAUUUGGUGGGUGUAAAUGAGAUCUAUACUGUAUAGUUUUUAUAUAAUUUUUAUUCAUUUAAUUUUCCGUCUACUUUCUCGUCUGCCUGACUGCCUGGUAGUUCUUGUUUUUAAGAGCAGGCAGAGAAUGUAUUUUGUUUAUCAAAGUGCUUUGUUUGAGCGUGUGUGUGUGUGUGUAAAGGAUGCAUGUUUAUUCUGAUGUCAUGAUCAGGCCUUCAUACAUAUAUAUAUGUUUCAUGCAGACAGUUGUAAUCACAGUAGAACUCAAAUGUCAUUUUCUGUUAUUUAUUUUUUAAUAGGACGAACUCUGACAAUCAUAAAAAGUGCAAAAUUUUGAUUUUUAAAAGUCUGUGUUAUCGUGAUCCUUACCAGUUUUGUAAAGCUGAUACAUUGGUGCAUUAAAAAAAAUAUCCUGGAUAUUAUUACAGAUGCCAAUCGGUAAGCCACUUCUGGUGAAGCUGCUCACUGUGACAUGUGCCUUUCCGUUCUCCUAAGUCAUUUUAGGUCAUUUUACAUUUGGAAAAUCAUUUUUGAUGAGGUGGGAGCGAGAAGAGCACACCAGUUGGUGAUCCUUAAGCUUUAUUCAGCAUGGCUGUUAAUGGAGAACUAUUUCAUGUCCACUGCUGAUGGGAAUUUACUCUUAAUUUACUGCAGCUUCUCUAGUCUGCUGGGCAAUGUAUAGUAAAAUAAAUGCUGAAUAUUUGUACAUUUGUACACCAGUUAUAUUUGAUACAGAAAAGUGUGGGUUUCAUUGUACUGAAUUGCUGCCUGUGUGGAAUAAAGAAGAUUUCACAUAA